AAUGAGGCUAUGGACACACUUGAAGAGGAAGAUGAUGUGGGGACGAUGGAGUGUGAACGAUUAAGACCAGAUAAAGCAACAUCUCCAUCACCUUCAAUCACAUCUCUACAAAGUGACCAGUCACUGGAUCGACCGAUACUGUUCAAAGAUGGAUUGGUGAUAGAAAGGUUGAGACAAGGUCAGUCAACAUCUCCAGCACCUUCAGUUACGUCUCUACAAAGUGACCAGUCACUGGAUCGACCAAUAUUGUUCAAAAAUGGAGCAGAGCGUAAAAAGGGGAAUGAAAGGUCGAGACCAGAUAAAGGAACGUCUCCAGCGCCCUCUUGUACAUCUCUACAAAGUGACCAGUCACUGGAUCGACCAAUAUUGUUCAAAGAUGGAGCAGAGUGUAAAAAGGGGAAUAAAAGGUCGAGACCAGAUAAAGGAACGUCUCCAGCGCCCUCUUGUACAUCUCUACAAAGUGACCAGUCACUGGAUCGACCGAUACUGUUCAAAAAUGGAACUCAGAGCAAUGAAAGGUUGAGACAAAGUCAAACAGCAUCUCCAGCCCCUUCAUGCACGUCUCUAGAAAGUGACCAGUCACUAGAUCGUCCGAUACUGUUCAAAGAUGGAGCAGAGAGUUUUCUUAGCAAUAAAAGAAUGAGAGCAGAUAAAAUAACAUCUCCAGCACCUUCUUCUACAUCUCUGCAAAGUGACCAGUCACUGGAUCGACCGAUACUGUUUAACGAUGGAGCUCUGGGGAAUGAAAGGCUAAGACCAGAUGAAGCAAGAUCUCCAGCACCGUCUUCUACAUCUCUAAAAAGUGACCAGUCACUAGAUAGGCCAAUACUAUUUAAAGAUGGUACACAGAUUAUAAGGAGGAGUAAAAGGCUGAGACCAAAUAAAGCAACAUCUCCUGCACCGUCCAGCACAUCUCUGAGAAGUGACCAGUCACUGGAUCGACCGAUACUGUUCAAAGAUGAAGCACCAAGUAUGAGGCUGAAAUCAAAAGGCACAACAUCUCCAGCCCCUUCAUGCACAUCUCUGAAAAGUGACCAGUCACUGGAUCGACCGAUAUUCUUCAAAGCAAGAAUGAGACCAGAUAAAAUAACAUCUCCAGCACCUUCUUCUACAUCUCUGCAAAGUGACCAGUCACUGGAUCGACCGAUACUGUUUAACGAUGGAGCUCUGGGGAAUGAAAGGCAAAGACCAGAUGAAGCCACAUCUCCAGCACCAUCUAAAUCUCUAACAAGUGACAAGUCACUGGAUCGGCCAAUACUAUUUAAAGAUGGUACACAGAGUAUAAGAAGGAGUAAAAGGCUGAGACCAAAUAAAGCAACAUCUUCUGCACCGUCCAGCACAUCUCUGAGAAGUGACCAGUCACUGGAUCGACCGAUACUGUUCAAAGAUGAAGCACCAAGUACAAGUAUUAUCAAGAAGAGUGCUGAGGAACCAUUUGAUAGACACAUUUCAUUUCGAAACGACACGCUAUCUCCAGAUAUCAGUACACUUUCAGCCACUCUACUGACAGAGGAUCACUACAAGUGUCCAGUGUGCACAGAAGUCUUCAAGGAUCCAGUUUCCAUCCCCUGUGGACACAGUUACUGCAAACACUGCAUUGAGAUCUACUGGAGCAAACCAACUCAAGCUGGAGCUUACGCUUGUCCUCAGUGCAGAAAGAGGUUCAGAGAUCGUCCUGUGUUGAAUGUAAAUGUUGCAUUGUCUAAACUGAUUGAGGAACUUCAGAAGGCAGGGUUUAGUCCUGCUCUUCCUGCUCACUGCUACGCUGGACCUGAAGAUGUGCCCUGUGAUAUCUGCACUGAGAUGAAACUCAAAGCUGUUAAAUCCUGUUUGACCUGCACUGCAUCUUACUGUGAGACACACGUCAGACAACACUACACAGUACCAGCACUGCAGAGACACAGCCUGGUGGAGCCUUGCAAUUUACCACAUCACCUUGAGACCACCAGAAUGUUCAGAGCAGAGAAAGAAUUGCUAGAAGAGAUGAAAGGGCUGACGGCAAAACUUACUAAACUGGAAGCGACUCUGAGAGACAAAGACGCACAGGCCAAGCGUUUGUGUAAAGGAUUUGAAGUUCACUGUAAUGAUUUUCCCUCAGAUGUAAUUGAAAUUGCUGCUUUAGGACGCCCUUUGAGCCUUGGAACAUUGUAUGACAGUAACAGUGAUUCUUUUAGCCAAAACACUUUUCUGUGGAAUGAAAGCACUAUUGCGUGUAUGAAAGUGUCUCUGCCUCGGCCUCAGACGGAGGUUAAGGUUCUGGAAGGUGACUCCCUACAAGAGAGAUUCAGAGCCCUUGAAACAUCUCCUGUAUUAAGAGCAAGAAUUUUGCAUGGACUAUUAGAAGGAAGUGGAGCUGCAGCCUUUUUGAGCCACCCAGUUCAAUCUCAACACCAGGACAGAGUUAUACUACACUAUCGAACCACCACCAGACUGGACAUGAUCAGCCAAAGACUGUUACAGGAAGGAGCUCCUGCCUCAGUCAUUAAUGCAACCACAGCUACACAUGUGAUCAUCGCUGUGUUCUAUGGAGCCCAAGCCUUCUUUGUUUUUGAUAGUAAAAACAAAAUUUCUGAGAAAAAUACAGAAAUGAAAAAGGUGGUGAAGAAGAUGACCUCUUUGGUUUGUUCAAAUUUACACCUGAAUUUCAAAGAAAAAACUAAAAGCUUGUUGUAUGACUGUAAUCUCUACAUUGAUGUUGGGGAUUGGAAGAAUCCAGUGUCUUUUGAUAAGGCGUUGGAGAUCUAUUGCUCUCUGCCAAUGCUGCUUGGAUCAAAAGGUGAGAGAGCAGUUCCUCUGAAGGUCUGGCUCUAUCCUCUGAAGAAACUGAACAAGAGCGCUGUGCGUUCUGCUCUGAGUGGUGUCAGUGAAAACUUGAUGCAUCAAGCUGAGAACAUUCUGGAACAUCUGAGAAAACAGAUCAGGAUCUGUCAGGAUUUAAUGACUAGUCAAGCAAAUCUAACUGUGAUUUUGUGGUUCACUGCACUAAAAGAUAAAUUAAUUGAAUUUUCAGCGUUUCUGCAGGAGUACAAAGAUGACUUUCAGAGAGAAAUAACUGAGAUUGUUGAAGUCAUUCAUAUUGAAGAUGAGAAAGUACAAAAUAGACUCCAAAAUAUCUUAGCGAGACACAGCCAAUCACCAUUCAGUGCAGAGAAAACAAACCAGUGGCUGGAGAAUAAAGAAACUGAACUGAAGAUUCUGAAUGACUGCAGAGCAGCAGAUGUUACUGUUGUAAAAUCACAGGCAGAGUUACAGCAGAUCAUAGGUCACUCACAAAUAACCAGAGUGAUGUGUCUCACUCUUUUCUCGCCAGAUGCUGAGGAUUUAUAUCUUGUGACUUUAAAGCAGCACAUUGAAUCUCAUAACACUGUUCAAAAUGAUUCACUUUUGCUUAGGCCUGUUAGCAUCAAUCAGAAAGUGCUCAUUGACGUACAGCUGUUUAUUGCUGCUAAAGAAGCAAAUGACGAUACAGAGCAAACUAAAUUCAUUGCUGCAUCUGUGUCUGGUGAUUGUUUUCAAGAAUACUCUGUACAAUUUUAUCAUGCUGAGACAAUUGUGAGCAGGCAGGUGAAGCUUGGACUGAAACCAGAUCCUCCUCAAAUAGCUUACAUACAGCACACUAAUGUUUCUUUGAAACUAAAUAAUUUGCUGAACAAAAGCACUGAGAGAUAUGUGGUGGAGUAUGGAGUUGUGAAUAAUGAUGGGAUGGAUAAUACAUGGAAACAGAUAGUUUAUCCUGAGGCUUUAAAAGAAAAACAUGUUCUAUCAGGUUUGGAACAAGACACAGAAUAUCAACUCAGGUAUGCAGUCGCUGACAACCAAUGUAUGAGCAGCUUUAGCUGGAUUGUUAACUUUAAAACAGCUUCUGCAGGAAGACCUGGACAACCCUCUGUUAAGAUGAACAGAGAUGCAAUCACCUGGUUGAAGGCUGAAACUGACGAAGAUUGUCCAGUGCUGCGGUAUAUGGUUGAAUAUAAAGAAGCAGGACUGGAGGGCUGGUCAUCAGUACAAACACAAGGACCUCAGUGUGAAUGUACUUUAACUCUACCUUACAGCACCUGCUAUAGAGUCAGAGUCUCAGCUGUCUAUGAGGACAUCACCAGCAAACCUAGUGAGGAGACACCAGUACCAGUGGAUGUCUGGUCCAUUGACCUCACAGUAAGAAAGAGCUCCAUUCUCUUAGAAGUGCUGAAACUUCAAAGAUUGAAGAAACCUGUAGAAUUGAUGGGCUGGUCAGAUGAAGAGAGUGAAGUGAAGGGAUUCCUGCAGUGUCUGCCCUACAUCUCACAGCUGAGAUUCACUCAUCCAGAGAGGAUAUCCUGGGAAGAAUGGGAAAAACAAAAGAGAUUGUUUCUGUUGAAUCUGUGUCUGCAAGCUGCUCUCACAGAUACACCAGACAACAUAGAAACAACUGUAGAAACACUGCUGUCUGUUGAGGAAUAUGAGAGAUGUGAUUUCCUGCUGGAUCUUUGCUCACAUGUGAAGGACUAUGAGACUCAAACAGGCAGGAGUGUCCUUCCAGCAUUACAGCCAAUUUAUCAGUCAGCUCCUGCAGUCUGGAUCAUAAAGCUCUCAGAGAGAAAGAGCUCCAUCCUCCUAGAAGUGCUGAAACUCCAAACAGAGAAGAAACCAGUAGAGCUGAUAGACUGCACAGAUGAAGAGAGUGAAGUGAAGGGAUUCCUGCAGUGUCUGCCCUACAUCUCACAGCUGAGAUUUGAACAGAAUGUGUUUAAUGAACAGAGGAAAAUGGACGCUGUUCAGUAUCUGAAGAAUCUGAUUGUUGCAGCAUCAGAGCUUAAUAAAAAUAAUAGAGAAAACGUCAUUGAGCUGUUCACAUCAGUGUGCAGCUACACAUCAUUCCCCUGUAAUAAUGAGAAUUUUGAUGAUUCCAUGUAUGAGAUUGAUCAAUGUGAUUUCCUGCUGAAUCUGUACUCACACAUGAAGGACUAUGAGAGUCAAACAGGCAGAAGUGUCCUUCCAGCAUUACAGCCAAUUUAUCAGUCAGCUCCUGCAGUCUGGAGCAUAAACCUCUCAGAGAGAAAGAGCUCCAUCCUCCUAGAAGUGCUGAAACUCCAAACAGAGAAGAAACCAGUAGAGCUGAGAGACUGGACAGAUGAAGAGAGUGAAGUGAAGGGAUUUCUCCAGUGUCUGCCCUACAUCUCACAACUGAGGUGAGUAGUUUCUCCACCACAGAAGCAGGAAGAAUCCUUUAAAUAUUGGGAAAAAAGAAAGAGAUUAUAUCUACUAAAUCUGUGUUUGAAAGCAGCUCUCUUCCAAGAUGAAACCCUACAGACAAAUAUGAAGAUACUGCUAUCAUCUGUUCUUUAUGAAAAAUGUGAUUUCCUACUGGAUCUGUACUCACAUGUGAAGGACUAUGAGACUCAAACAGGCAGGAGUGUCCUUCCAGCAUUACAGCCAAUUUAUCAGUCAGCUCCUGCAGUCUGGAUCAUAAAGCUCUCAGAGAGAAAGAGCUCCAUCCUCCUAGAAGUGCUGAAACUCCAAACAGAGAAGAAACCAGUAGAGCUGAUAGACUGCACAGAUGAAGAGAGUGAAGUGAAGGGAUUCCUCCAGUGUCUGCCCUACAUCUCACAACUGAGGUAUAUGAGUCAGGCUGUGUAUGUCAUUUAUUUUGAAAAGGAGAAGAAAUCAGCCUUUCAGUUUUUACUGAAUUUGAGUGUUGAAGCAUCACAAUCAACUGGAGAGAAAUUUACGGAGCUAUUAACAUCUGUGUGCAGCUACACAUCUUUCCCCUGUGUUGAAACUAUUAAUUAUCAUAUUGGCCAGUGUGAUUUUCUGCUGGAUCUGUGUUCACAUGUGAAGGACUAUGAGACUCAAACAGGCAGGAGUGUCCUUCCAGCAUUACAGCCAAUUUAUCAGUCAGCUCCUGCAGUCUGGAGCAUAAACCUCUCCGAGAGAAAGAGCUCCAUCCUCCUAGAAGUGCUGACACUCCAGACAGAGAAGAAACCAGUAGAGCUGAGAGACUGGACAGAUGAAGAGAGUGAAGUGAAGGGAUUCCUGCAGUGUCUGCCCUACGUUUCACAACUGAGAUUUAAUCCACCAGAGAAGCAAAAUUUUGAAGAAUGGGAGAAUAGAAAGAGACUGUUUGUACUGAAUCACUGCCUGCAAGCUGCUCUUUACCAACAAGAAACUGUAGAGAAAACGAUGAAGGCACUACUCUCAUCUGUGAAUUAUGAGAAGUCUGAUUUCCUGCUGGAUCUGUGGUCACAUGUGAAGGACUAUGAGAGUCAAACAGAUAGGAGUGUCCUUCCAGCAUUACAGCCAAUUUAUCAGUCAGCUCCUGCAGUCUGGAGCAUAAAGCUCUCAGAGAGAAAGAGCUCCAUCCUCCUAGAAGUGCUGAAACUCCAAACAGAGAAGAAACCAGUAGAGCUGAUAGACUGCACAGAUGAAGAGAGUGAAGUGAAGGGAUUCCUGCAGUGUCUGCCCUACAUCUCACAGCUGAGGUUUGAUGACAUUUUCUAUAGGAAGACGGAACCUGCUGUAAAGUUUCUGUUGAAUCUGUUUGUUUCAGCAUCAGAGAUUAAGGCAAAUAAAGGAGAAAAUUACACUGAACUAUUAACAUCUGUGUGCAGCUACACUUCAUUCCCCUGCAGUGAAAACAGCACAAACCGUAAACCUGAUCAAUGUAAUUUCCUGCUGGAUCUGUGGUCACAUGUGAAGGACUAUGAGAGUCAAACAGAUAGGAGUGUCCUUCCAGCAUUACAGCCAAUUUAUCAGUCAGCUCCUGCAGUCUGGAGCAUAAAGCUCUCAGAGAGAAAGAGCUCCAUCCUCCUAGAAGUGCUGAAACUCCAAACAGAGAAGAAACCAGUAGAGCUGAUAGACUGCACAGAUGAAGAGAGUGAAGUGAAGGGAUUCCUGCAGUGUCUGCCCUACAUCUCACAGCUGAGAUUUGCUGUACCACAGAAUGAAUCAUGGGAGAAAAGAAAGAGAUUAUUCAUACUGGAUUUGUGUCUGAAAGCUGCGCUCCAUCAGAAAGAGACAAUAGAAGAAACUGUAAAGAAACUGCUAUUUUCUGUGGAUUAUAAGAAAUGUGAUUUCCUGCUGGAUCUGUGUUCACAUGUGAAGGACUAUGAGACUCAAACAGGCAGGAGUGUCCUUCCAGCAUUACAGCCAAUUUAUCAGUCAGCUCCUGCAGUCUGGCUCAUAAAGCUCUCAGAGAGAAAGAGCUCCAUCCUCCUAGAAGUGCUGAAACUCCAAACAGAGAAGAAACCAGUAGAGCUGAGAGACUGCACAGAUGAAGAGAGUGAAGUGAAGGGAUUCCUCCAGUGUCUGCCCUACAUCUCACAGCUGAGGUUUGAUGACAUUUUCUAUAGGAAUAAGGAACCUGCUGUAAAGUUUCUGUUGAAUCUUUUUGUUUCUGCAUCAGAGUUUCAGGCAAAUAAAGGAGAAAAUUACACUGAACUAUUAACAUCUGUGUGCAGCUACACAUCUUUCCCCUGCAGUGAAAACAGCACAAACCGUCAACCUGAUCAAUGUAAUUUCCUGCUGGAUCUGUGGUCACAUGUGCAGGACUAUGAGACUCAAACAGGCAGGAGUGUCCUUACAGCAUUACAGCCAAUUUAUCAGUCAGCUCCUGCAGUCUGGAUCAUAAAGCUCUCAGAGAGAAAGAGCUCCAUCCUCCUAGAAGUGCUGAAACUCCAAACAGAGAAGAAACCAGUAGAGCUGAGAGACUGGACAGAUGAAGAGAGUGAAGUGAAGGGAUUCCUGCAGUGUCUGCCCUACAUCUCACAGCUGAGAAUUCAUGAUCCUGAUUUCAGUUAUGAGAGGGAAUCUGCUGCUCAGUUUCUGCUGAAUCUGACUGUUGCAGCUUCAAAGUGUGUUACAACUACAGGAGAGAAUUUCAUUGAGCUGUUAGCAUCAGUGUGCAGCUACAGAUCAUUUCUCUGUUACGAUGAUGAUGAUGAUGAUGAUGAUGAGUAUAAGAUGAUGUGUAUCAGAGAACACUGUGAUUUCCUGCUGGAUCUGUGGUCACAUGUGAAGGACUAUGAGACUCAAACAGGCAGGAGUGUCCUUCCAGCAUUACAGCCAAUUUAUCAGUCAGCUCCUGCAGUCUGGACCAUAGAUCUCUCAGAGAGAAAGAGCUCCAUCCUCCUAGAAGUGCUGAAACUCCAAACAGAGAAGAAACCAGUAGAGCUGAGAGACUGCACAGAUGAAGAGAGUGAAGUGAAGGGAUUCCUGCAGUGUCUGCCCUACAUCUCACAGCUGAG